AUGUAAAAUAAGGAGACUGCCUUUCUCAGUAUUGAAAGUCCUAUGCACAGCUAAAAUGUUCUAUCUCCUCGAUUUGAUGAUAUGAUUCCUAUUUAUCCCAAUGAAAAUGUUGCAGAGCAGUAAAUGGACGAAGCAUUGAAACUUAAGAGGAACAUAUUUGAAAGGAAGAAUUUCAGAGCUUUGAAUGACGGACAUAAAUCCCAUAGUUCAAAUGAGGAUGGCUCCUUAAGUAGCUUUAACGAUAACUCAGGGGAUGAUGUAUCUCCAAAAUCAAGAACUCACUCCUUCAUUCAACAAUACAUGAGUCCCAGUGUCGGUCCCAACGAAUAGCAAAACAACACUCCCAAUCAAAAAGCACAAUCUGGCUUAAUGCUGGAAUCAACCAAUAAUUUUCACUAUUAGGUUGGUAAGUCUAACUCAAAACUUGAAAAAUAUCAAAGUUUUGUCUAGUAAUUUGAAAUUCAGGAAGACAAAUUACAGAGAAUGAAAACUAGACAGGCCCAAAAAAAAGUGAAGGCAAAGGAGAUUCAUCCAAAAAGGAUGUCUGGUCGAAGAGAAGGCACAAUAGGGUUAAAUUAUAUCUGGUCACAAAAGGGUCUAAUGAUAAUUAGAUUGGUUUCGAGGUUCAUCCAACAAUUAAAGACGAAGACGGAAACUAUAAAAUUUAGACUUUUAACCCAAAAAAUAUUCUCUGUAAUCGGAGAUUUGUCAAGUAACUUUGAAUUUAUUUUGGUUUCUCGUUAAAUUAAAUAAAAACCGAGUUUAUUCCUAAUUUUGAAAUAUAAUUUUUAAAAAUAAGCAACCAAGUAUUUGCACUAUCUAGAAUACUGUUAAGAUUUUCUGAGCAGAAACAUCAUAGUCAUAAAACCAGACAGCAAAUUUAAAAUAAUUUGGGACAUCCUUCUAUUAUUGUUUAUCGUGAUGAACAUCUUCUACAUCCCCAUAAAUAUCAGUUUCAACAUCACCACCUCAGGGGCUUUUGAGUAUUUAUUUGAUUUGUUGCCAUCGUGGAUAUUUGUGGCAGAGAUCAUCUUGAACUUCAACACUGCCUACUAUGACAAAGGCUUGAUGCAUGAAGAUAGGAAAUCUAUAGUAAAGCAUUAUCUAAAGGAGAACUUUUUUUGGGACUUGAUAGUUGUAAUCCCUUUCUUAAUAUCAAAUCUAAACAUCCCAUUUGUUAGAUAUACUUUACUCUUAAGAUUGACUAGAUUGAACCCCUUAAUGGAAAGCAUCGAAGAAAUGCUCAAUUUAGAAGAAAAUAUUCAAAUCGUUGUUGAUCUAUUCAAACUUAUCUUUUUUCUUGUUUUAACAGGUCAUUUUUGUGGUUGUGCUUGGCAUUUCGUGGCUUUGACUGAACAUGAAUCGUUUGGAGUGUAUGAAACUUGGUUGACUCAUUAUGAUCCAGCUGCCUAUGAGUAUCACUGGUUUGAUAGAUACAUAAUAUCCCUGUAUUGGAGUGUCAUAACCACUGUGACAGUUGGAUACGGAGACAUAGUUCCAGUGACCACAUUCGAAAGAGUCUUUGUAAUUGUGGUAACACUAUUGCUUUGCGGAAUCUUUGGAUAUUGCAUUUCUAAUAUCGGGAACAUAUUCAAGUCUAUUUCAGAUAAGAAGACUACCUAUAAAUUUAAACUUCGAUAAAUUCAUUAGCACAUCAGGAAACGAGGAUUGAAUUUAAACUUGUCGUUAAAGGUUAAAAAAUACUUUGAGUACUACUUUAAAUUAGAACAAGAAGAAGACAACCAUGCAGACAUCUUUUUAUCCCAACUCACUAAACAUUUGAGAGAAGAAGUCUUAACGGAUUUGUAUAGUAAUACACUCAAAAAAUCAAGACUAUUGAGAGACAAUUUCAAUGAAAUCACUAUCAAUAAUCUGUGUCAGUUUGUUAAAGAGAAAAAGGUGCUACCAGAAGAAGCUCUCUACUCUCGAUAUGAUCAACCAAAGAAAAUUUGGUUUGUUCUUUCAGGUGCCUUAGAAUACGUAGCCGAUCAUAAAAAUGAAAACGAUUAUUAUGAAGCCACAGAGACAUUCUUAAAGAAAGUUAGUGCUGGGGCAGUCUUAGGGGAGAGAGAAUUCAUUACUUAGUAGCCUUAUGAAUAUAAAGUCAGAGCAGUGAAGUUUACUUAGAUGGCUUAUAUAGAUUACGAUGAUUUCAUAAAUGUUAUUGCAGAGAAUGACAGGGAAUAUGAAAUAUUUUGCAUGAAGAGAGAUAGAUUGUUAUUGUAUCCUGCCUUCAAAGGGUCAGGUAAUGUAUGUGAAAUUUGUGAAUGGACCCAUAAUUUCAUUUAGUAAGAACCUUAUCAUCAAAUAUAGGUGUCCAUUCGUUUUUUUGCAACCAAAUACAAAUAAAAUUGCCAACAGAUUUACUUCAGUUAAAUACAACAAUCGGAUUAAGUUUCCUUAUCGUAAUCCUAAGAAAUCAAGAGUCAAGGAAACCUUAAAUAAAAUCUAGGAAUGUGCUUUGCGAAUAAUUGUUGGAAAUCUGACAGAAUAUACACAGAUGAAUACUUGAUUUCCUUAGGGUUUUAAUUAAGUCCAAUUUAAGAUGAUAUAUCAUCAAAAGACCAUGAUUCUUCCCAAAUCAAUUGUGAUUCUAAAUCCAUUUCAAACAGUGAAAAGCAGAAUGCUAUCCUGUCAAAGAACCUGAAGGUGACUGCUGGAAUAACAACCGAUCUAAGGGAAAGUCGAGAUUUGGAUCUAGGCAAACAAAUAAGAAAAAGUGUGAUCAAUUUUAAAAGGAUUUAGUUUGGAAAAGAAAGGACCAGAGCUAUUUAAUUUUUAAAAAAAGAAAAUUAGAAUUAAGAAAAGAUUCCAGAGGCAUUAGAAUAAUCAUUAAUGCUAUCAAUUCCUACUAACUAACUAUAAAAUAAUCUAUUUAUGAAACCAAUUUAAUAGAAAUCCAGGAGAACUUCCAAUCUUGAUGAUUUGGGAUUUGUAUAGGUAUCCUAGAAAUUGGGAAACUUGGCUCAACAACUGAAUCAAUAAGAUCUUGAAAACCAUAUCUAGUCAAUUAAGCAAGUGAGUAAGAACAGUGAAGAAAGUGAAAUUAAGGACUCAAUCAACAUUAAAAGGCAAAUUGAAAGUCAAGAAAGGAAGGUUCAAAUGGGGGAUUAAAGAAGAAAAGUUAAGAAGACUACUAUCUAGAUGGGGUAGAGACCAAAGAGAAGAUCGUAUUAAAAUCAAUAGACUUCUAAUUAGAGUCCUGUCUCUUAGAAUUAAUAAUAGGUUCAACAAAUAACAAUUUCUUUGGAUCAAAAGAAAACCAGAGCGAGUUUCAUAGAGAAUAGGAGGAAUUUAGGAUAAACUGCUCAACUCACAAGUUCUGGAUUGAUUGAAUUGAAAGGAGAAGUGAAGGAAGGAUCCUAAGUCGAUUCAUUGCAAUAAAAGAUCCUUGAUAUAGUGCAUACUAAUAUAAAUCUGGAGAUGGAUAUUUGUAAAUCCACUUUGGUCUAUUUUCCUGAAUACAACAUAGACUCAAUACUGAAAAAGAUAGAGAUUUACUAUUAAUUGAAUAAAGGGAAGGAAAAGAAGCUGUAUAAAAGGACCAAAUCUAACCGAAAUUUAUUUGAACGAAUCAAAGCCUCAAAGAAUGCUACGAUAAAAAGCUUAUAGAUGAAUUCCAAAUCCUAAACAGAUGUUUAGAAGCAGGAUGAAAAUACUUGA